AAAAAGUAUGCGAGAGGCUGAGCUGUUUUAGGAGAGUUUGCAAAGAUCGAGCUGUCAUAGAUCAGAAAAAAAACCUAGGGACUUCAACCGGCCAUCACUGCGUUGCCAGCUCCGCUGGGCAACCCGAGUAUGACACUUGGAACCAAACCCUCAGUAUUUCGAGGAUGCCAGCGCAGUAGGCUUGCAACGACAAUUACGAUUUGUUAUAGUAAACAAGUUGAUAUUUAACUAUCUCAGGAUUGGGUCCAACCAUCAUAAAAAGUGGAUUUCUUCGCUCCAUUGAGGAGGGGAGAAAUAGUGAAACUGACAGCCUGUAAAAUACUUAAAAUAUAAAAAUAUGGAGGAGCAGAAGGAUCACAGUAAUCGCGACUGUAGCGACUCAGAGAGCAUUUCUCUCUCCCCAAAUGUGCCCUCACCGCCUACUAUGCCCCAUCAGGUCGCACAACAAACUCACAGAACAACUAACUUUUUUAUUGAUAACAUCUUAAGACCGGACUUUGGAUGCAAGAGAGAACUCGGAAACAGAGAUCGGGGACAGACAUCAGGCAGAGAAAAUAUCAACCCACUGAUAACGAAGCCAUCCAACCUUUCUACUCUGUGCCAGGACUCAAACUGUAAUAAUGACAGCACAUCUACUUCCCCAGCACCCAAACAAAAUCAGCCUAAACCCACAGAAGUGAAUGGACACAGCCCAGCUAAGUACGGAGAAAAUAACUCCACCAUUCUGCUGAUGGGUUCUAAUAAUGGAGGAUCUGUUUCAAAUAUUGAAUCUCCUCAGCCUCUGGUAUGGCCUGCUUGGGUUUACUGCACUAGAUAUUCAGACAGACCUUCUUCUGACAGCAAAUACAAAGAAGCUGCACACAAACAUACACAAGAGGCAAAGGAAGAUAUUUCAGGUCCCCGUACUAGAAAACUGAAAAAGAAGAAAAACGAAAAAGAGGACAAGCGACCCAGGACAGCUUUCACAGCUGAGCAAUUGCAAAGACUAAAAGCUGAGUUUCAGGCCAACCGCUACAUUACAGAACAGAGGAGACAAAGUUUGGCCCAGGAACUCAAUCUUAACGAGUCUCAAAUAAAAAUAUGGUUCCAAAACAAACGAGCGAAAAUCAAAAAAGCUACUGGCAUCAAGAAUGGCCUUGCUGUUCAUCUCAUGGCCCAGGGACUGUACAAUCAUUCCACAACUACCGUUCAGGAUAAAGAGGAGAGUGAAUGAUUAUCUGCAUAAAAUGUAACUUAAAGAGUGAAACAAUGAAAAGACCCUACAUGCAGGAAACAGGGACUGAGACAGGUGCUAUUUAAACAAGACCUUUGUCUUUCCGUGGUGUAUGGGUAUAUGGACUUAAAUAUGACACAUGAACAUUCAGAAAAUUUAUAUAUAGCCAAAUUAUCAUAUCACGUUGUAUAUAUUUAAUUUCAGGUAGCGAUCCUUAUUUACUGGGAAGACUAUGUUUUUUAUUUUUUAUUAUUUUUUAUUAUUUUGAUGUUGUUGCACACUGUUUUGAAAAACGUCUGACGCGACUGAAUUUUACGUGAUUAUUGUCUUUUCCUUUCUGGGACUUACCCUCAGUUAUAAACAGACUGCGUUAUUGGACCGCCUCUACAAGCCAAAGAUUUUAUUAUUUUCAGGAAUAUGUGGUCUGAAAUAAAUUGUAAACUGUGUUAAUGAA